AACAUUAUUAUGCCCAACGUGUUCUCCGCUGCGGCUAUCUGUUCAGGAGUCGCAGUAAUAUUGAAAACUUGGAGCAUGCUCCAGUAAAUUCACUAAGUAGACCGUUUUUUGGACAGUGCACGUUUUCGUUGCAGUGGAAAUAAUGUUUAUUUUUAUUUUCCUAAGUGUUUUAAAUCUUUAUGUGUCAGGGUGCUGGGGGGGCUGUGCGGAGGUGGACUCCCUGACGGAGGCGGUGGAGGGAGAGGGCUUCCUGCUGGGAUGUAUCUCCUGUAAGAGGAGGGAGGAGGUGAAGGCAGAGGCGGUGGUCGACUGGUUCUUCAAACCUUCGGCACAAGAGAACUACAGCCACAUCUUCCAGUAUGACCACCCAACAGCGCUUUCCCCAGACCCAGUCUUCGCUGGGCGUGUGGAAUGGCGGGGGACCCUGGACCCAGACAUCCAGAUCGGAGCCAUUUUCAUCAGCAACCUGACGGCCAAUGACUCGGGAACAUACCGCUGCCGCUUCCAGCGGACCCUCUUCCUGAGCCUGUACAACCACGAGGAUAUAAUCGAGAAGAGGGUGGAGCUACAGGUGGUGGCUGAAGCCCAGCGCGAGUUGACGGCGGUGGUGGCAGAGAUCUUGAUGUAUGUGCUGAUCGUGGUGCUGCAGCUAUGGCUCAUCCUGGUCCUGAUCUACUGCUACAAGAAGAUAUCGGCAGAGCAGGAGGCCAGAGAGGACCGCAAAGCCCUCAAGGCCCAGACCAAACUUUUAGAUCCGGAUGAGGACUGCGAUGGCAUCAAGACAGAGUGACUGAAGGGAUACGCCCUCAUGCUGCAGUGGUAUUUCAGUAGAAGUUGAGUAUUGGCUAGACUGAAGUCUUCCAAUAGAAGGAAAGUACUAUUUUUAAUUAUUAAUUAUUAUUAAUAAAGUCUUCGAGCGGCAAGCAUAUACAGAUGUUUUUAGCAGAUUUAUUUUUCCUUUUAAAGUCUGUUCAUAUUUUUUCUUCCUAUCAAACUGGAACUGCAAC